AUGCUUUUCUUCUUGAUCACUUGCUCCUUUUCCUUCAUUUUCUUCUACAAGUCCCUUGUCCUCAAGCCUCUCCCUUCUUGGGCUUGUGAGAUGAGAAUGCUUUCUCUCUUGUUCUUGAAAGACUUCUCCUUUUUUUCUCUCACCAAGUCCUUACGAAAUACUGUCUUAAGUGUUGUUUCCUCUAUUUUCGCUUCACUAACGUUAUCUAAGAAAUCGGUCUUUUGUUCUCAAAUUAAGAGUUUAGAGAAAACACCUGAGAUGUCCUUAUUGGAUUUGCCGGACCUCGUUUUAGAAACAAUUCUCGAGAAGCUUCCGCCUGAGGGGCUAUGCAAAAUGGCAUGUGUGUGUACCUCUUUUAGGGAUUGGUGUAUGAGUGAUCACUUGUGGGAAAAGCACAUAAAGAAUAAGUGGGCUAGAGUUGUAGGUCCUGCUGCAUAUAUGGAAUGGCAGUGGCAAAUUGCUUUGGGUAAAGGUUCGGCCUUUUUCGGUCAACACAAGAACAGGGGUCUAAUGGGUUAUCUCAACCACCUGUGGCCAGUUGUACUGAUUAGGUCUAGUUUAAGGGGUAACAUUACAAAGAAGACGAGUUUUCGCCCGAAGGUCUCCACUUCUAUAAUGUCGUGGUAUUUUGCUCUUGAGUCUGGCAAGUUUUGGUUCCCAGCUCAAGUCUAUAACCGAGAGAAUGGUCAUGUUGGGUUUAUGUUGUCGUGCUAUGAUGCUGAGCUUUGCUAUGAUGUGAAGACAAAUACUUUCCAGGCCAGUACAGCCGUGGGUCCCGUUGGAGAACGACAGCUGUCAAUAGGACAGAUCACAGGGAGGAGGGUACUGAAACAGAUGGAUUUUACGGAGGACUUCGGAAAAUUUGUGGUGAUGAAGAGAUCUGUGCAUGGAAAAGGCUAUGGCCAUCUCAACACUUUAUCAUCUGCACAUCAAUUUGGUAUAAAGCAGAGAAACAAUUGCAUUAUCCCUGUCAACAGAAUGUUGGGUAGGGUUGAUGAGAACUGGACUUUCGAGUGGAAAUCGGAUCACGUGGAUGAUGGCGGGAGUAGUUAA